CCAUGCACAUUAGAUACGGACAUACAUCUAGGUUUAUGUAAACCCAAAACAUGUUUGAUUAUGUAGCACAUGUUAUUUUUUUUUCUUUUAUUUAAAAUAGAUUAAUCCUAAUUAUUAGUCAUGUCAAUUUUCUUGACAUUUUGGAAAAUUCGAACUUAUUAGUAAUAGGAAAUUUAUUCACCGUAAAAUCCGCGGAUAUCUUCUUACCUAUAUUUGAAAGAUAAAAUGCGAGUUAAAACACACAAAACCGGAUGGAAACAAGGAAAGAUUAUAUAUUUGAAAUUCUUUAAACAUUAUUUUUAUAAAGUAGACACAUUAUCAUUCUUUAUAUCGGCAAACAGGACAGGAUUGUCUUUGGGAAAUUCUGUAAAACAUGGUAAUGGCAAAAUUUGGCUAGACGACAUAGAAUGUACUGGAACGGAGAGCAACAUGACAAAGUGCCCACAUAGUUUAUGGGGAACUCAUAAUUGCAUUCAUGAUGAAGAUGUAGGAGUACAUUGCUUUAGGUCAUAUGAAAACAGUUAUGAUUUGUCAGGGAAUUGGGGAACAUGGACGUUUUGGACAGAUUGCAGUGCAACAUGUGAAGGGGGAUUACAAAGCAGAUCACGCGAAUGUAACAAUAGAUCUCCUCCAGCAUACUGCACAGGAACCCCAAAACAAAGUCGCGUUUGCAAUAAUGAUUGUUGUCAUUCACCAAUCAAUGGUGGAUGGAGUAUCUGGACAGAAUGGACUACUUGCACAACCACAUGUGGAGGUGGUCUUCAACGUAGAUCACGUGAUUGUAAUAAUCCACUUCCACGUGAUGGAGGAACAUGUUGUGAAGGACUAUCAUUUGAUAAUAGACUGUGUGACAGUGCUUGUUGUACUGAUAUGUUUGACUUCAAAUAUCUGUCAUACACUCUUUGUGGUACGUGUAUAGAUAAUAAAACAAGUCAACAUUUUGAAUGA